AACAUGCCCACGGAGACGCUGCAGACAGGUAGCAUGGUGAAGCCCGUCAGCCCGGCCGGCACCUUCACCUCGGCCGUGCCCCUGCGCAUCCUCAACAAGGGCCCCGACUACUUCCGCAGGCAAGCCGAGCCGAACCCCAAGAGGCUCAGCGCCGUGGAGCGACUAGAGGCCGACAAGGCGAAGUACGUCAAGAGUCAGGAGGUGAUCAACGCCAAGCAGGAGCCUGUGAAGCCGGCCGUGCUGGCCAAGCCCCCCGUGUGCCCGGCGGCCAAGCGCGCCCUGGGCAGCCCGACCCUGAGAGUGUUCGGCAGCAGCGCCAAGACGGAGAGCGGCGUGCAGAGGGAGAACCUCAAACUCGAGAUCCUGAAAAACAUCAUCAACAGCUCCGAAGGCUCCAGCACCGGCUCAGGCCACAAGCACGGGCCCCGAAACUGGCCGCCCCACAGGGCGGACGCCACAGACCUGCACCGACACUCCUUCGCCGAGUCGCUGAAGGUCUACCCCACCCACGGCCACGGCCACGGCCACGGUGGCGUGCAGGAGAGCAGCUCCCAGGUGGGCAGGAGGCCCCUGGAGCCGUCGGCCGAGUCCUUCCUCCACGUCUCCCACAGCUCCUCCGACAUCCGCAGAGCCACCAGUGUGAAGCCCCUAAAAGCAAUCCCCUGCAGCAGUUCGGCCCCUCCUCUGCCUCCCAAGCCCAAGGUCGCCGCCCUCGGCACCACCAAGUCUCCGGAAGCCGACGCUUUGGAGCCGGCCUGCGGCGUCAGCCGGAGACCCUCCCUCCAGCGCUCCAAGUCAGACUUGAGUGACAGGUACUUCCGCGUGGAUGCCGACGUGGAGCGGUUCUUCAACUACUGCGGCCUGGACCCUGAGGAGCUGGAAAACCUCGGCAUGGAAAACUUUGCCAGGGCUAACUCUGACAUCAUCUCCCUCAACUUCCGCAGCGCGAGCAUGAUCAGCUCAGACUGUGAACAGUCUCAGGACAGCAACAGUGACCUUAGGAAUGACGACAGUGCCAAUGACCGGGUGCCCUACGGCAUUUCUGCCAUCGAGAGAAAUGCCCGAAUCAUCAAGUGGUUGUAUAGCAUCAAACAAGCGCGGGAGUCGCAGAAAGUCUCCCACGUGUGAGGCCGUGCGCGAGG